GGUUUGGUCAAUCCCAACCGAAAGCAGGGAGAUUUUGGUAAUUUCAGUUCAAAGUCGAAGGACCUAAGGGUUCCCAGCUAGGUUUUAUUCCGACUCUCUAUAUCGUCAUCUCCAGAUUUCUGUGGAGAGCAGCCGCAGCAGCUCCUUUCUGAGGUUAUCGGUGAUGCUCACUUGAUUCUUGAACACAUGCGAUAGGAGAGAAUGACCAAAAAGAAGAACCUUUUUGUUUUCUUAGACGUAUCUAUUGAUGGAGAUCCUGCUGAAAGAAUGGUAUUUGAGCUGUUUUUUGACAUUGUUCCCAAGACCGCUGAGAAUUUUCGAGCACUAUGUACAGGUGAAAAGGGAACUGGAUCGACAACAGGAAAGCCCCUACACUACAAGGGAUCCAUUUUUCACCGCAUAAUUAAAGGCUUUAUGGCUCAGGGUGGCGAUUUCUCGAAGCGAGAUGGUACGGGCGGAGAGAGCAUAUAUGGUGGGAAGUUUGCAGAUGAAAACUUUAAGCUACACCAUGAUGGACCUGGUCUCCUAUCUAUGGCAAAUGCUGGUACUGAUACGAAUGGCUCUCAAUUCUUUAUUACCUUCAAGGCUGCACACCAUCUUGACGGGAAGCAUGUUGUCUUUGGGAAGCUUGUGCAAGGACAUGAUACUCUGAAGAAGAUGGAACGCGUGGAUACUGAUCAAGCAAGACCUGUUGUUCCAGUGAAAAUUGUUAAUUGUGGUGAACUUCCUGACAACAAAAAUCAUGGAGCAGUUGUGAUGGAGAAUGAUAAAAAGAAAGUAAACAAAUCAAAAGCAAACAAGGAUGUCUCUUCCGAUGAUGAUAGUCGUGAAGUACGACGAAGGGGAAAGCAUAAAAAACAUUUGAAAGAGAGAAGAAAGAAAAAGAGAAGAAGAUAUUAUACGUCUGAAUCAGAUAGCUCAUCAGAUACUGAAACUGAAUCAUCCGAGUCCGAUACUGACUCUGAUUCAUAUUCAUCCUCAUCAUCUGAUGUUAGUUCCUCAAGUGAUGACAGGCGUAGAAGGAGAAAGAAAUCCUCUAAGAGGGAUAAAUAUAGGCGUGGGAAAAGAAAAAGGGAUAGACGCCGUGACAAAAGACGAAGGCGGCGUGAUAAGCGAUCAAGGCGCAAGUCAAGACGGACGUCAGAGAGUGACAGUGAUACUGAGAGCAAGAGUGCCAGUGAAAGCGUCUCUGAGGAUGAUGGUGCCAAUACUCGAGGGCCAGCACAAAAGUCUAAAAGAAGCUCUUCUAAGAUGUCUGUCGAAGAUCGGUCUCCUUUGGCUCUGGAGCAAGAAGCUACUGUGGAUAGGCAAAAGAACAGUGACACAAUGGACAAGGCUGAACAAGAAGAGGGGGUGUCUCCAAGGGAAAAUGGGGAGCUGCGGAGCAAUGGGAUCCAAACUGAAGCCAAGUCUGACAGAAGUGCAGAUAGACAGCCUGAUUUAGAUGGCCAUCCGAGCAAAUCUAGAAGCCAGAGCUUGAGUCCUAAAAGGACCAUGAGCAAGAGCAUGAGCAUAAGCCCCAGGAGGAGUUUGAGCAAGAGUCUGAGUGUCAGCCCCAAAAGGAGCAUGAGCAGGAGCCGCUCUCCUAGCCGCAGUAGAAGUCCUGUGCAGGCGCCACGACGGGGUAGUAUUAGCCAAAGCCCCUCCAGAAAAAGCUCUAGCAGCAGAAGCCCAGUCAGAAGAAGCGUUAGUCGGAGCCCAGUACGGGCUCAACCAGGAAGAAGCGUUAGCAGAAGUCCAGUAAGAGCCCGGCCACGAAGAAGCAUUAGCAGAGGCUCGGUAAGGUCCCUGCCGCGAAGAAGCAACAGCCGAAGCCCGGUUAGGGCUCCGCCACGAAGAACAUAUAGCAGGAGCCCCAUAAGGGCCUCUCGAAGAAGUUUAAGCAGAAGUCCGGUGAGGACCUCAUCUAGAAGAAGCACAAGUAGGAGCCCUGUAAGGGCUCCAUCACGAAGAAGCAUCAGCAGGAGCCCUGUGAGGGGCUCAUCACGACGAAGUAUAAGCAGGAGUCCUGUCAGGGCCCCAUCACGAAGAAGCAUGAGCAGGAGCCCUGUGAGGGCCCCUAGCAGGAGUAAUCGUCGUAGCUAUUCGAAGAGUCCAGUGAGCCCCGUGCGUAAAGCACCUACACCCCGUGGGAGGAGCUUGUCCAGAAGUGCUUCACCAGAUGGCUCACCCAAGCGCAUCAGAAGGGGACGUGGUUUCAGUCAGCGGUACUCUUAUGCUCGUCGGUACCGGACCCCAUCUCCUGAUCGUUCGCCUAUAAGGUCACAUCGUUAUGGUGGAAGAAAUGAACGCGACCGAUUCUCAAGUUACGGCCGCUAUUCUGAUCGCUCUCCUCCUAGGCGUUACAGGAGCCCACCUAGAGGCAGAACUCCUCCAAGGUACAGAAGCAGGAGGAGCCGAAGCCGAAGUGUGUCCCGCAGCCCAGUUGGCUACCGUGGUCGCGCAAAAGCGUACAGCCGCAGCCCAGUACGCAGCCGUUCCCCAGACAGGAGGAGCCUGCGGGAUGCAAGCCGCAGCGAGAAGCGAAGGUCUCUGUCCCGGAGCAGGAGCCCGUCACAUUCGAGGUCUUCACCCGACACGCCGUCUCCAAAGCGUGCAAACAAGGAGGAUAAGUCUAGGUCACCUUCGAGCAGCAGUCCACCUGGAAACAAGGGCUUGGUUUCUUAUGGAGAUGGGUCUCCUGAUUCUGGCCAGAAGUAGGAAAAGGUAAGAGUCUCCCCUUUUUUCAAAAAUGAACUUGGGAUCUAAAUACCAUAUGGGAAGUAUUAUGGGCAGAGGUGUUGUCUGUAGGAGGUUGCAUCUUUUUAAAGAGAUUUUGGUUGGUGGCUUUUGGAUGGUUUAGAUUAAAAAUGGCAUGUCUAAUGAUUUUUAGAUGAUUGGUAAUAUCAGAUUCUAUUGAUAUAUAUAUAUUUUGUGGAUGCUUUUAAAA